AUGGCUCAUUUACUUAACUCUCAAUAUUCCACAAUACCGUGUGCUUUGCAUCAUAAACCACCUCAACACUUCACUUACAAUAACAUUUUCUUACAACUUUACAUCUACAACAAAAAACCUUAAUCGAAUAAUUAGUUGUUAAAAUCAGAUCGACUGAUUCAGCAAAGAUCCAUAUACUUCUUUUUACAGAAACCCCCACGUGCUUAUACUGAUUGUUUCUCCCAUUUUUAUUUGAUCUUAACUUCCUACAAAAUCCUACUUCAUUCUUAUAUAUAUUCAUCUCUUUAAGCUCUUAAUAAUCACUUAAAAUCAAACACAUUCGAAACCUCCCUAGACAAACAUAUUUUUAUUUAUCAGAUACACGUAUUUUUAGGGUCGCGCUGUCUUAUCUCAGAGUUAUUAAGCUCGAACUAUACCAUCAAACCCCCUACAUCCCUCCCCUCGUUCUCCACGAGAAUCAAUAUCUUUAUAUUACAAUAUGGUUUAUGAUGAGCCAAAAAAGAAAAUGAUCAUCUUAGUGCCAUAUCCAGCACAAGGUCAUGUUACUCCCAUGCUAAAGCUAGCAUCCACUUUAUCAACGUUUGGGUUACAACCCUUGUUGGUCCUCCCAGAGUUCAUCCAUCAUCCGAUCGUCGCUAAAGUCGACGCCGCGACGAAAGGUGGGAUCGUGUGUGUGUCUAUCCCAGAUGGGUUGGAUGAGACCAAGCCAAGGGAUUUCUUUGCUAUUGAGAAAGCAAUGGAGGACUAUAUGCCGGCUCAUUUGGAACGUAUGAUUCGUAAGAUAAAUGGUGAUGAAAAUAUUAUUGCGUGCAUGGUAGUUGAUCUUUUGGCUUCUUGGGCUAUUGACGUGGGUUUAAAAUGUGGUGUUGCUGUUGCUGGGUUUUGGCCUGCGAUGUUGGCUACUUAUACUUUGAUAUCUUCUAUACCUCAGUUGGUUCAAAGAGGUCUUAUCUCUGAGUCAGGGCUUCCACAACUUAAAGGACCAAUAUCAUUUCAACAUGACCAACCUCUUGUGGAUAUUAAAGAUAUGCCAUGGUUAAUCGGAACUCAGGCUGCUAAAAAGGCAAGAUUCAAGUUUUGGGCCAGAACUAUGGAUCGGUCCAGAUCUCUUAAGUGGCUCCUUGUCAACUCCUUCCCAUAUGAAUCACAAAAAUUACGAGUCUCAAAUUCAGACAACAGCCCAACUACAUUUCAAGUUGGGCCAUUGAGCGGUAAUGGGCUAAGUGAAAGCCCGACUUUUUGGGAUGAGGAUGGAAGUUGUUUAGAAUGGCUUGAGCAACAAAAGCCCAACUCAGUCAUAUACAUAUCAUUUGGAAGUUGGGUCAGCCCAAUAGGUGAGGCGAAGGUAAGGAGAUUAGCAUUGGCAUUGGAAGAGUUGGGCAGGCCAUUUAUUUGGGUACUUGGACCUGCAUGGAGAGAUGGACUACCCAAAGGGUAUAUAGAAAGAGUUUUAAAACAAGGGAAAGUUGUAGCAUGGGCACCACAAGUAGAAAUUUUGCAACAUAAGGCAAUUGGGUGUUAUAUCACACAUUGUGGUUGGAAUUCGACAAUAGAGGCAAUACAAUAUAAAAAAUGCCUCUUGUGUUUUCCAGUAGCUGGUGAUCAAUCGUUGAAUUGUGAAUAUAUUGUUAACGUGUGGGAAAUAGGGGUUAAGUUACGUGGAUUUAAUAUCAAGGAUAUUAGUAAUGGCGUGAAAAGAGUGAUCGAGGAUCGGGAGAUGAAGAAAAAGAUAGAGAUGUUGCACAUGAAAGUUUUCGGGAAGCAAGCAAUCUUUAAAGUUGAAGAAAAUAUGUUGCGUUUCAUAAAUGAUGUCAAGAGAUCUGAUAAUGCAUUGAAUUUCAACUUAUGAGAGUUUGGUAGAGAAUAUAUGUCAACAUUCUCCUCGUAAGUUUAAGAUAUAUUUAUAUAUAUUCUCUAUUAGUGUUUAUGGAAAGAAAUUGAAUUAGCAACAAAGAAAAGGAGAUGAUGGUAGAGAAAAAUGGUCCUUUAUUCUUUGAUACCAUUCUUUUCUUCUUUGGUAUUCAGAGCAAUAUGCCUUCCAAUUUGUUUAGGUCAUCGUAAUUAAAUCUGACAAUGAAAAAUAAUUGUAUAUUUCUUCUA